AUCUGUCCAUUCUGCAGCCAUCAGCACACAGCAGAAGGAUAAAUCUCCUCUCAGUCAUUCCCUGUUGCUGGGGAGCCUUUGAUAGGUGGUGAGGGAGGGGAAACCAAACAUCUGGAUGUCAGCAAGACUCUUCUGAGAAGUCUGGAAGUGACAAGUGCCAUCAUUCUCCACAUCGGGGCAGCUGCGCCCCAGAUCCGUGCGGGAAAAGCGAGCAAUCCCUUGUGGGAGAGGCAAACGUGACAAGCAGCGAGAGCCCCUACAUGGAAUCGUUGCUCUGUACGCUCGUUGGUGAGCGGCGGGUUGGAGAGCAAAUGGAGUGGAGACCAUUGAAGGCAAACCGUGUACGAAGGAACCUCUUCGGCCCUGUGGACCAUGAGCAGCUGCAGCAGGACUUCCAGCACAUGCUGCGCAGCAGCAUGGAGGGAGCCCAGCAGAAGUGGAACUUUGACUUCUUACGAGACAUGCCAGCUGAGGGGCUCCUGCAGUGGGAAGAACUACAGAGCCACGAUGUCCCGGCCUUUUACCACAGUUGUGUGGUGAGUGAGGCUCGCAAGCCUUUGACGCCCUUGAACCAGGGUAUAGUCAAGGAGGUCAAGACUCACCACUUUGCCACAGUGACACUGACUGAGAACCCCAAAGUUGCCAAGAAAAUGUCAGGCAAGAAGAGCCAAGCAGGGAAGAAACGAAGACAGACAUCCUUGACAGAUUACUACUCAGCUAAGAAGCAAGUCAAAACUAACACUCAAGCUGCUGCAAAGAAUUUGGCUUUCUGAAAUGAAACACAGGAUUGAUCUGCACUAGAGAUGUUAUAAAGAGCUGCCAAGUUUAUUUGACAUUCAGAAAUUGUGUGUGCAGGCUACAAAUGCUUGAGGGCAUCACAUGGAUUGAUAUAUUCAUGAAAGAACUGAUGGAGAGUCUUAUAAACACAACAAAACUCACAUUGGAAUGAGGUUAAACUGGAAGCCCCUUUGCUAAGGGUCACUGGCCUUAAAGGUGUUGGUAAGCAAAUUUGGAAAUGUUACUGGAAUUGGCUAAUAGCAGCAACUUAACCACGUGCGUUUAAAAGAAUACUGCAUAUGAGAAAGCAGUGAACAUAAGGUUAAACAGCUGUACAAAUGUACUGCUAUGUUUGAACAAGUCCAAAUAUGAUCAAGACCAUAUGAUGUUUCCGAUUUUGUAUAUUUUACAUCUUUAAUGUACAGCUUGUUCCCUAUUUCUAAGGGUGAUGGCUUAUCCAAUCAAUAAGCUUCACCAGCUAAACUCUACAGAUCUGAUUUUUUUAAAAAAGUUCCCAACCCAGCCUACGAUUUUUAAGGUGCAAAAUUGUGAUGACACUUUUGUACCCACAACUAUUUGUGGACAUAAAUGAUGGUAUUUAUGUGGCAAAUUCUCUGCUGCUGUAAAUGGAUACAGCUGAAGUUACUUCAGCAGAGUUUUGCCCAUUUACAUCAGCAGAGAAUUUGGUCCUAUGUGUCUGUCUACUUGACUGUGUUCAAAAAUCACGGUGUUAACAUGUGACUGUUGUAAAUGUAUGUCUGCAAAUUUGCACCCAUGAAAUCAGGGAUCUUAUGUUAAAACCAUUCCCUAUAUCUGCUGGGGCAAAUAUAGCCUUCAUUUUCACCUGUGCAACUCCAUUGAGGCCAAUGCGUGUGUGAAAAUGAGAGCAAUAUUUGCCCUGUUGGCACAGUGUUUUGUAAUGCAGGUUACUAUGGAGACAUUGGGCUAGAUUCACAAAGCCUAAGUUCAGUGCCUAGGCUCCCUGUACAGUGAAUGGAGGGAGAUAGGUGCCUCAGAAUUGGAUUCACAAAAGCCAGCAGGCUUGGCAGUUCCUUGCCCAUGCUAGCCAUUGGGAGAUGCCAAAAUUAGAGGGGAGGGGGUGCUAAGCCCCACCCCUGUCAGUGAGAUGGGUGUUGAAGUCUGGGCUGCAGGGAGGUACCUCAUUUAGCUUGUGAUUCUCAGGUGCAAACCCUCUCUUGGGGUUAUCUACACUGCUUUACCAAGAUGUUGGGGGGUCGGGGGAAAACCACCCACAUAACUUUGAGCCCAGUGGUUUGGGCACUCAGAGGUGGUAGGUCCCAGUUCAAAACUCUUCCCCCCCAUAAGUGAAGGUGGGACUAGAACUGGGGGUUCCCACAUCCCAGGUAUAAGCAUCCUAACCACAGGGCUAAAACAUUGGAGGGAGGGCCUCCUCUUUGCUCACCUCCAGCCAUUUUGUGUAUGCUCGUGUAUAAGGGCCCAGUCCGUUAGGCAAGCUCUGAAGAUGCUUACCAGAUUAUGCCCUGCAGGAAAGUUAGGCAGAGGAACUCCUAUCUUUCCUUGGUUCAUGCAUCACUCUGGGGUUAAGUAUCUGGAUGUCUGGCGUGGGGCUGCAGUGUGCAUGCUCAGAGGAAGAGCCAUAGGUGUCUAGGGAAUAUUUACUGCUAAAAUGUAGGUGCGGAGUGAGUUUAGGCACCUACAGGAUUUGGUGGCAGCUGGGACUGGGAUGGUAUUUGUGAAUCCUAUUGUUGCCUGAUUCUGGGAUUUAGGUACCUAAAGUGGCAGUUAAGCACCUAAAUCCUUUUAUGAAUUUAGCCCAUUUUUUUUAUUUUUAUUUUUUAAGCCCCCAUCAUGGUGUUUCCAUUACUAUUUAGGAUUUUUGUACAAGAAGAGAAAAGGUUUAAUAGCACUAGCUCAUCCAUCCCUCUUGGCAUUGCAUGGAUUAUUAUUUCUAGGCAUUUUUGUACCACACACGCUUCCUUUCUAUUUCCCUUCUCCACUCCACCCACCAAUUUGGAUAAUUGGGUUUUAUGGCUUUUGGCAUCCAAUGUGUAAAAUGUAAAGAGAAACCUACAAAAUAUACAUGCUACAUUAUUCUUGUUCAUAUGGACUUGAGUAAGCUGCUGUGUUUCACAAACGAGUUUGGAAAGACCGCUGUGAUUUGGGCAUUUUAGAAAUUACACAAUGAUUGAGAACUGCUUUUUUGCCUAAAAUCUAAAUAUACGAAGUCUUGUACAGUAGAUUUUGUCUGGGUAUAUACAUAUUUGUGUAUGCUAUACACAUGGGAUCCAGUUUAUACAUGUUCACACAGAUAUUACAUGCAACACCAAGACAGGAUGAUUAUUUUUCCAUAGGAGCAGUGAUGUUUAGAUGUAAACAACAGUUCAUUAAAGCUACCAAAAUAUACCCAAUUUUAAUGAGAAAAGGCAGUGAAUCAAGCCUGUUACUUUAUGUGCUGAACUACGGGCUCUCAGCAUGUUGCAGGCAUAGGUGCUGAAACUAGGAGUACAGGGGGUGUUGCUGCACCCCCUGGCUUGAAGUGGUUUCUACCAUAUACAGGGUUUACAGUUUGAUUCAGUGGCUCUCAGCACCCCCACUAUACAAAUUGUUCCAGCACCCCUGGUUGCAGGGUCUAUAUUUUCAACUCCAGGCAAGUGAGAGAGUCAGGAGAAAUUAUUUCUCUUUUUUAGUCUUUGACUUGGGAACCACGGAAACAAAGGGCCCAAUCCUGCUCCUACUGAAAUCAAUGGGAGUUUUGCACAUUGGAAUCAGGAUGAGACUCCAAAUGGAAAAUAUUGUGAGUUAACUCAGUGUGUGUGUUUGUGUGCUCAGCAAUCCUGUUACAAUAGAGAUGGCAUGCUGGGAAAUAGUACGUUUUCUUACUUUUGGUGAUGAUUAAGACAAAUCUAUUUUUUUAAGUGUGUGAUUUUCUGAUUUGAAAAAAAAAUUGCACAACCUUAUGUUUUCUGUGUGUUUGUGUGUUUUUAAAAUCAGACCAACGACACUGUGUACCUUCUUGUUUUAUAGUGAUGUGCUAAGCAGCCUUAUUUUCUGAUCAGUAUGACAGGAGCUGCACAAAAAAAAGCCUAUACAUCUGUCAUGCGCAAGGUUACCAUGAUGUUGCCUUGUUUUCUUACAGGGGAAAAGGGAUACCUCUUUUAGAGGAAAAUUAUGAUAACUUGUCAGGGAUUGAGCUUGUCAAGGUGUGAGGCUGCAGGUUAGAAUUUAGCCCAUCCAAAUUUCUAACAUCUCUGCCAGUUAUGAUUGUGAAUAUUAGCUCAGAAUGUUACAGUUAAUAAAAAAAAAUCUGCUGGCAAGAUGCAGGGAUAUCUUCUGGCUUGAUAUCUAUAUAUAUUUUUAAAGUUUCUUAAUUACACAAUAUUGUAAAUGAGGGUACAGUGUACAGAAAGAAAAAGUUUUAUUUUCUUACUGCUCCACUCCAUGGUGGGUGCAGUUAGGAUGUCCUGAUACUAAGUAAUAUAGGACCAGAUGCUCAGCUAGUGUGAAUUCUUGUAGAUCACUGAACUGUGAUGGAGUUUAUACCAGCUGAGGACCUGGCCAGAGGUAUUUUGCACUAGUGCCUUGUGUUACUACAGACCAGAAGUUGAUGACAAGCAUCUAAUCAACUGCAUACAUAAGCUGCCUCCUCUCUCUGUACACAAAUUCGUAUGGGUACUGCAAUAGCAGCCCUACAGCUAUUAGCCCUACUGCUGAGAAUGACAACAGGCCUCUGAUUGGUUGCUGAGGUUUGUCAUGUAUGGAAUAGAGAACAAACCAUUUGAAAUCUUCUUUUAUUCAAUAGUUAACAUUCUGAUGGAGAGGUAUUUUAACAAGGAAACAUGGAGUCAACAUCUUUUUUUCCCCUUUUAUCUUGUAAAUUGCACUUUCCUGUCAAACACAAUUUAGAAUUUUCUUUACAGAGACAUUUCAGUAGUAAUGCCUAAUAAUAAUAGCUAGCAGCAAAAAAUAAAAUAAUUAAAUGGGCCCAAAACAUUCCCAAUCUUUAAAUGUAUGGGAAAGGAGGCAGACCCACUUGAAGUUAAGCAGUAUACUGUAGCUUUAGUAUAUGUUUAGUUCCAUUUAAGUAUACAGUGCUCUGAGUGAACUAAAUAUAAUACAGUAAUGAAGCUGUUUGAGGCAUAUUUGCUGACCAUUGACUUUGAUUGGCUGCCUGGGUGUAUGACACAGACCAACAAUCAAAUCCCCAAGUAGCACUUUUUCAUAAGGAGACGCAAGGUGCUGUGUUCUGGAACUGACAUAAAUUGGGCAUUAAAGAGGUGGUAGCAGCACUGUUUCAAGCUAUCUUAAAUGUACUUCUGAUUACACAGCAGAGGGGGAACUGCAUCAGGAAUCCAUGAUAUUUAAUUGUUUUAACCUCCACCUGUUAAUAAAUAGACAGCUAAUCCCUCUGAGCUCCCUCUCUCAGGUAUAGAUCAUUUCAUUCAAGUCCUUUGGCAGCAAUUGAGGAAAUGGGGCCACAUCAGCAAGAUAGCCAGGAAAAGUGACACUAGAUGCUUUCCGUUAUUUUCAGGCUAGAACAAAUAGAGCUUUCUUCUACAACUUCUCUGCAAACUAUCAUAGGGACCCUUCUGGAGGUCAGUAUUGUUUUUCUGGAGAACCUAUGGAUGAGUUACAGUAGACACCUAUACUCUACCAUUAGCUUUUGGAUCUUUAUUAAUGGGUGGGUGGAGGGACUUAUUUAUUCCAAAGCUUGUGAACUGCUGUGAGAAAAGUGGAUUUUCUCCAUUCAAAUGGCAAAUCUAAUGGGUCAACAAAGUUCAUUCUGAAAUUCAGAGGGUUUAUGUUAUACAAGGUACUUUCUUUCAGGUAUUAAUUUUGCUUUGCUUGGAAUGUUGUAAUACUGUAGGUUCAAUGGAUUUCAAUGUAAGAGUGUUGAUGUGUGAAGUGUUUGGUUGUCAACUGUGGAUAUUUGCAAUAUCAUAAAUAAAAACUGGUUCAUUUCUUGUGUUUUUUU